AUAAUAGUCUCUCUCUCUCUCUCUCUCUCUCUCUCUCUCUCAAAAUAUUGUUCAUGGUUGCAUAGUUGAUUUGAUUAAGACAACUUACCUUAUAGCCUGUCAUUUUCUGCGAAGAAGCAGCACUUCUCGAAUUCAUUGGUCAAUAAGAUAUGGCAAGGAAACCAGUAGUCAAUAUAUAUUCAUCACUCUUAAAAGUUAAAACAAAAUAAAAGAAAAAAAAAAACGAUUUUAGGAAUAAUUUAGAAAUUUCUGCGCAGAACAAGUAGGAGUCAAAAACCUUGAAAACGGAACGCCCUAAAAGAACAACACGUUUAUAUAUCCAUUUACUUUGAAAUAUAAAACUUGCCGGCACGGACCUUCUUUGUGCGACGACUUCUUCAAAGUUCAAACACAUUAAUUCCAUCAUCACCAUUAUCAAUACCAAUUCCAACAAUAUCAUUCCCUGCAACAUCAUCAUUGAUUCAUUCUUCAUCACACUUCACAAACCAAAAUUAUAUUCGCCUUCAAAUAAAUCAAUUCUCUUACCUUCUCACUUCUCAGUUCUCAUCAACAACAACAUGAAGCUUUGGCCAUGGCCUUGGGCCACUUCCAUAUCUACCCUCUUCUUCAUCGUUGUUUCCACCUUCCUUGUCCUUCGGUUCUUCCGCAAAACCUCUGCUCUCCAAAUCCUCAAUAAAUGGUGGCUCUCCUUCGAGGACCGACUCCACGUCCACCAGUCCUUCAAAGUCCCACUCUACAACCACCAUUUCCAGGAGAAUCAUCUCUACCGGAAAAUCCUCACCUACCUCGAUUCUCUCCCUUCGGUACAAGACUCCGAUUACACUAACCUCUUCUCCGGCCACAACCCCGCAGAUAUCUACCUCCACCUCGACGCCAACCAGACCAUUCAGGACAUCUUCCUCGGCGCCAAGCUCUCUUGGACCAAGACCAAUGACGCCGUCAUCGGCGGCGUCGGUUCCGAUUCCGCCGCUCUCGUGCUCCGAAUCAAGAAGAAGGACAAGCGCAGGGUUUUCCGGCAGUACUUCCAGCACAUUCUUUCCGUGGCGGAGGAAAUUGAACUGAGAAGGAAGGAGAUCAGGCUGUACACGAACUCCAGCGCCGGCGAGUCGUCGCGGUGGAGGUCGGUCGCGUUCACGCAUCCGGCGAGCUUCGAUACGGUGGCGAUGGACGCCGAGCUGAAGAACAAGGUGAAAUCGGAUCUGGACCAGUUCCUCAAGUCAAAGCAGUACUAUCACCGGUUAGGCCGCGUUUGGAAGCGGAGUUACCUCCUCUACGGUGCCUCCGGCACGGGGAAAUCGAGCUUCAUCGCCGCGAUGGCGAAGUUCCUUUGCUACGACAUCUACGACAUCGACGUUUCGAAGGUAACCGACGGAUCCAAUUGGAAAACUCUGCUGAUGCAAACGACGAGCAAAUCGAUGAUUGUGAUCGAGGACCUAGACCGGUUACUGUCUGGAAAAUCAACGGCGGUGAUCAGCGUUUCGAGCAUACUGAACUUCAUGGACGGCAUCGUUUCGUGCUGUGGCGAGGAGCGCGUGAUGGUGUUCACGAUGAACGGCACGAAGGAUGAGGUGGAUCAAGCGGUGCUGAGGCCUGGUAGGAUUGACGUUCACAUACACUUCCCCUUAUGCGAUUUCUCAACGUUCAAGAUUCUCGCGAGCAGUUACCUAGGGCUUAAGGAACACAAGCUUUUCACUCAGGUGGAGGAAGUUUUCCAGACCGGGGCACGGCUUAGCCCGGCCGAAGUCGGCGAGAUUAUGAUAUCGAACCGGAAUUCACCGACUCGGGCCUUGAAAACGGUUAUAACGGCUUUGCAGGCUCAAUCAAACGGUGGUGGUGAUUCGAGGAUAGCAAGAGGGGGAGGGAGGUUGAGUGAGAGCGGCUCGGGUCUUCUGCGGAUGGGAAGUAGGAGGAAGGAGGAGAAGGAAUAUUCGGGGCCCAUUGAGAAGGAUACUCCAUCAAUUGAGGGUGGUCGGGUGAAUUAGAUCUGAAUUGUUUUUUUUUUCUUCUAUAGAUGGGCUCAACAAAAAAAUUGUAAAGUAGCU